AUGACAACAUCAUUAGAUCCAAGCGUUGAUGAAUUAUUAUUAUUACAAGAAAAUCAAUAUCCAAUAUCUAAUUUGGCUUUUGCUAAUAUUAAACCAAUCGGCGCAGAACGUAAGAUUGGACAACCAUCGAAUGCAACAAUUCAAUCGAUAGUGCAAACAAAACCAUCAUCAUUACAACGAUUUAUUGAUCCUAUCGAUAUGGAUUAUUUUACUUCAAGAGAUAGAGACGAAACCAACAAUUACUUGAAUUCAUCGACAACGUCUAUUUAUGAUCAACUUCAUUUUUCUUCAAUGAACGAAUCCAGAAAUAAUGAACUGGAUGCAUUCCCUUAUCAUCGAUUUUCUAAUCAUUCAGUAAGUUCAGGAUCAUCAACAAGUGGCAAUAGUUCAACAACACAUUCACCACGAUCUUCUUCCUAUUUCAUCAAUAAUCAUAAUUAUCAACGACCACCAUCCAUCACCCAGCCAAGAUUAAGUCCAUCAAUUCCUACGCAAAUACAAACAGGAAAGACAAUGACAUCAUUUCGUACUCAACAAAUGUGUCCAACUAGUCAAUUUUUUAUUCCAAAUUCAUCUCAAACACAUUCAAGAAAUCCAUUCUUAAAUAUUUAUCAACAAAGCCGACCUAUCCAACCGGUUUUUACUGCUCCAAUGCAAUGUACACGAGAACGUUUUCAAGUUAAUUCCAUCGGCCGUCCAAUCUUACGCGCUAAUAAUUAUACACGUUUAUUACAAGCAACUAGUUUCAAAGCUCGACGAUAA